GUACGGCCAGCGGCAGCCGGGCAGCGUGAAGGGCCGCCCCGCAGCCGGGUGCGGGAAGCGGCUCUUGGCGGAGCUGCAACUGGCCCGGAGGGUCCCCGCCGGGGAUUCCCCUCAGCCCGCUUCUUUGCCUUUUUUUUUUUUCUUUUCCCCUCCCUCCCUCCCUCCCGGAGCAGUGCGAACGGGGUAUUUUCUUCGGGGUAUAAAGCUGAGAAUAGACGGGAGGAGAACCUCAGAGCUUCACCUCGUUGCCUCAUCCCUGUUCGCAUGCGAACCUCCUGCAACAUCUCCUUCCUCCUGCUCCUCUCACCUGGCCGCCUCUGCCCAGAUCAUGUCCACUAAGCUCCUGCUGGUUUUCUUCCUCCUCUCAGUGUUCCACGCCCGUUCCAGAAAGGUUGAAGAGGAUGAAUACGAAGAUGGAACAACCAACCAAAAAUGGGUUUUAGCUCCAAAAACACAAGACACAGAUGUGACCUUGAUACUAAACAAGCUGUUGAGGGAGUAUGACAAAAAACUACGGCCAGAUAUUGGAUUAAAACCAACGGUUAUUGAUGUUGACAUUUAUGUCAACAGCAUUGGUCCUGUAUCAUCAAUAAAUAUGGAAUAUCAAAUUGAUAUAUUUUUUGCUCAGACGUGGACAGACAGCCGUCUUCGCUUCAACAGCACCAUGAAAAUACUGACUCUGAACAGCAACAUGGUUGGUUUGAUCUGGAUCCCAGACACAAUAUUUCGGAAUUCCAAGACAGCGGAAGCACACUGGAUCACCACCCCAAACCAGCUUCUCCGGAUAUGGAAUGAUGGCAAGAUCCUGUACACCCUCAGGCUUACCAUCAAUGCUGAGUGCCAGCUGCAGCUACAUAAUUUCCCAAUGGAUGAACACUCAUGUCCACUGAUAUUCUCGAGCUAUGGCUACCCUAAAGAAGAAAUGAUUUACAGAUGGAGAAAAAACUCAGUGGAGGCUGCUGACCAGAAGUCUUGGAGACUGUAUCAGUUUGACUUUAUGGGUCUCAGAAAUACUUCAGAAAUUGUGAACACCUCUGCAGGUGAUUAUGUAGUCAUGACUAUAUACUUCGACUUAAGUAGAAGAAUGGGAUACUUCACUAUUCAAACGUACAUUCCCUGUAUAUUAACUGUUGUUCUUUCCUGGGUGUCCUUUUGGAUUAAAAAAGAUGCCACACCAGCAAGAACAGCAUUGGGGAUUACUACAGUAUUGACCAUGACAACUUUGAGCACUAUUGCAAGAAAGUCAUUACCCCGUGUCUCCUAUGUCACCGCUAUGGAUUUGUUUGUGACUGUAUGCUUUCUAUUUGUAUUUGCUGCUCUGAUGGAGUAUGCAACCCUCAACUACUACUCCAGUUGCAGGAAACCGAACUGUACUAAGAAGAAAAAGUCGAAUUAUUCUGUACUUGAUAUGAGACCACCAACUACAGUCAUCACAUUGAACAAUGCGAUGUACUGGCAAGAAUUUGAAGAGGCAUGUGUCUAUGAAUGUCUGGAUGGGAAAGACUGCCAGAGUUUUUUCUGUUGUUAUGAAGAAUGUAAAUCGGGCUCAUGGAGGAGAGGACGGAUUCACAUAGACAUCUUAGAACUGGACUCUUACUCUAGGGUCUUUUUUCCUACAUCCUUCCUGCUAUUUAACCUGGUCUACUGGGUUGGAUACCUCUAUCUUUAAAAGUUGCCUGUAGUGGUGAAGACUGCUGUGUUUUCACACUGAGGAGAGAUGGUGAAAGUGCAGAAAAAGUGAAGGACAUGGUCAGUUUCAUCUCAAAUUAUAAAGGCCACAUUAACCUUCACCAUCACAGAUCCUGAUGAAGAAUUUUAAUUGCCUAAAAAAGAAAAAUGUGGAAGACUUCUCUCCUUACUGCUAUUCAUUUUAAGGGAAAGAUUCUUAAAAAUUCAGCUGAAUUUGUAGUGUAAGCGAUGUUUAUGAAUAAUUAUUGUAUAUUAGAAUUCUUACUAUUCUCCCUUGACAUAGAAGCUAUACACAAUUCAGUCAAAGGUUAAGUAUGUCAUUUUUGUUCUUCAUUCCCAUAGUUUCUUCGAAAUGCUGCCAUAUCCCAGAGGCUCAGCGCAACAUACGCUGGCACUAGCAAAUAAGCUAAAGCCAAUGAAACUACUCAUUUGUAUUUAAAGUUUCUUGAGCUAUGUCUCUUAGGUUCUGGGAAAUAUUUUCUUGAUGAUCUCCUUGCUAUGGAGAAAUCACCAAAAGACAGUAAUAUAUGUCUCUGGUGAGAUCAAAAUAGGGAAGUUACUUCCUGCAAAGGUCUGGAAAUCAUGGAAUUAGCUGCUUACAUAUAUGUAUUGAUUUUAAUUUGAGGUGAAAAUAACGCUAAUAUUUUGAUAUAAAUAAAAGACUUGCCUAUCUCUGAGGCAGCUGUAGGCAUAACUUCUACAGUUUUUCAAGAUUUUAACUGUCUUUUUUAUGACUGGUUAAACACAGAAUGGUCAUUGAUUUCUAAAGUACUUCUACUUGAAGCAGGACAAGAUCCUUCUUGUUUGUGUCAUUGUAGCAGAUCACAGUUGAUAGACCAUGAGUAAAAAUCACUUAAUAGCACGAGUAAUAUGUGACUUUUCUUCAGAUUGAAGUGUACUAAAAAGUGCCCUCAUUCUUAUGCAUUCUUAUUUUUUCUCUCAGUGUUAUUUUACAACAUUAAAAAAAAAAAUAGGUGCCAAAGGACAUUUUUAUUUCUUCCAUAAAGUUAAAUACUGCAGACCUUAUCUAUGUUCCCUGGAUCUGACCUGAAGAUUGAAUACUUUUUUGAAAACUCAACUGUCAGCCUUGGAUUAAACAUGGAAUAGUUGCCACAUGUAGCAAAGGUUGAAAGAAUUUUUCCUGAACUACCAGCUAUGUUUUAGUCUAGAAACCUAUUUUGUAUUUUUCAAACUUCUGACCAUUAAAUACUUACACUACACAUUUUUUACAAAAAAUUGUUUUUCGUUGUCAAACUGAAUUGCUUCUUCUACAAACUGUCUCAAUAAUUGUUUUUAAGCAGAGAAAACAUUCAAAAAUAGGUAACAAUGACUUUCAGUGGCAAAUAGUUACAAAUGGUUAAAGAUAAAACAUACCUAAAAACAAAAUUGUUUUUUUUUUCUCUUCUGAAAGAUGAUA